UAGUGUGGUGGGCAUGUGCGGAUUGUCUGUUUCUGUACAUGAUCUGUAUGCUGGUCAUUUCUCGAUUCCCUCUGCUUUUUUUUGUAAAUUCCUUGGCCAGGGAUAAAAUCAAGCAUGUGAAUUAUGAUAAUCGACAGGAGUAUGGCGAGAGCAUCGGAGAGUUAUUCACAGAGAGGAUGGCUGAUCUGUGGGCCGUGUGCCUUUACGCUGGCUGCACUAACACGCCAUCAACAGGUGCCUGUUAUCGGAACUGACGUAGUUGCAGCCGCUCUAUGGAAAACAUCCCACUAUCAAACUUCUUCCUCUUCAUCUCGUCUUUGUACGACUAACCAACAAACCCCCGGCGACGCCGCUUUUCCGCAAAGAGGCACCGGCUGGGGGGAAAGCAGAGCAGCGCGAGCACGCCGGGGAAUCGACAAAACGAAAAAGACAAAAAGACAGAAACCUCGGCCCGCAAUCCUUUUCCCCCUCGCGCGAGAUGAUCCCCCGCCAUUUGCUCCGGGGAAGCGGCCUCGUGCGCUUAUCGGCUCCGGCCCCUCGCAGAGUCGCGGUGCUGCGGCCAAUUGCUCGACGAGAUGCUGCCGUCUGUCGGUCUGGCUCCGGGCUGAAGACGAGGACGAGCUUCGGGAGUUUGUCCAGCCGAUCGAUUCACGACGAUGCCCACGAGCGCCUGCGCAACGCAAAGCCGCUCGUGCCCAAUGCUCUGGCGGGCAAGUUCACCAGCGCCGGCACCGGCCGCAAGUCGCGCGCCCUGGUCGUUGUCUCGGUCGUGGCCGCGGUGACGUUUUACCUGUACAACUCGCAGACGGUGCCGGUGACGGGACGCAGGCGCUUCAACUUCCUGUCGGAUGCGCUGGUGGCGCAGGCAUAUUCGAGGGCGGCCGAUGCGAUUGUGCGGCAGGUAGAAGAACAGGGCGGGCAUUUCUUGUCCGACUGGGAUCCGCGGACGAUGAUAGUGCAGAGAGUCAUGAAGCGGCUGAUUCCCGUCAGUGGCAUGGACGACUUGCAGUGGGAGGUUCGGGUGAUAGCAGACAGCCGGACUGCGAACGCCUUUGUGAUCCCCGGCGGCAAGGUCUUUGUCCACAGCGGCAUCCUCAACGUGUGCCGCAGCGAGGACGCUCUCGCCGCGGUGCUAGGCCACGAAAUCGCACACAACACGGCUUCCCACGCCGCAGAGCGCCUCUCCGCUGCCUGGGUCGGCAAUCUCACGGCCGGCAGUCUCUUCUUCCUCGCUGGUGCUCUGCCAGGCCUCGCUCUGUUUGGCCUGUGGAAUGUCAUUGGGGGCUACUAUCUGCAGGACCUGAUGUUCUACCUCCCCAUGGGCCGCAAGCAGGAGAGUGAGGCAGACUACAUUGGGCUGAUGAUGAUGGCCGAGGCUUGCUACGAUCCGCGCCAGGCAGUUGGGUUUUGGCAGAGGAUGGAGACGAUUCAGCGGCUGGGCGGACACGAGGUUCCCGAGAUGCUUAGCACGCAUCCUUCAAACGAGCAUAGGAUUGCCAAGAUUGAGGAGUGGCUGCCGGAAGCGAUGAAGAAGAGGAUGAAUAGCGACUGUAGAGCGACAUCUGCGUUUGCGGACCGAUUCAGAGAAGCGUUGCGGAAGAGACGGCCGGUGGUGAUUGAGCUCUAGUGCCAUGUACAAUAGAAUGUACAAGUAGAUGUUGAUGUAAUAGACCCGAAUCAAUACAAUGUAUCACUAAUACGA